AUGCAGUCAUCCCGUCUCCCCCCAAUACCCCCGGGCCCAACCGGCCCUCCCCGCCCAAUAAACCACGUCAGCGACCUCAACGAGCCGUUUCCCACGCGCGACGCCCUCCAAGCAGCCACCAAGAACCACUCCCAAGGCAACUUCACCAUAUCAACCCGCAAGCUGCCCAUAUCCAAAGCCGGCGCCAUCGACCAACUGACCGACAAAAUCGGCAUUCCCAUGCCGGAGAUGAUCUUCGGCGACAACAUCGUCUCCAUCCUGCACAGACCGUCAAAGUGGUACUUUGAAUUCAACACCCCGGACGCCCUCGACGCAGUGGACAAGACAGACAAGCACAUGCUCAAGGUAGCGUACGCACGAGACUGGGAGAGCACCCGCGAAGGAACCACGCAGAGCAUCAAGGAGGUCGUCAAGCCCUAUGACUGGAGCUACUCGACCACAUAUGCGGGAACGGUGGGCGUAGCACAGGAGGGUGCGACCACUCCGCAGUUUCAAACGACGGACAAGACAAUCCCAAUUGAGUUGUUGAAGCGGCGCGACCCGAUCCUCUUCUUCGACGAGGUGGUCCUGUACGAGAGCGAGCUAGACGACAAUGGAAUAUCGAUGUACAGCGCAAAAGUACGAGUACACCAGCAGCGCAUGUUGAUCCUAUGCCGGCUUUUCAUGAGACUGGACAAUGUGGUUGUUAGAUUGCGCGAUACGAGGAUGUACGUUGAUUUUGAGACGGAUGAGGUGUUGAGGGAGUAUACUGCCAAGGAGGGCAAGUUUGAUGACGUGAAGCGGAAACUCUUCAUGUCGGGGCGUUUACCGGAUGAUAUUACGGUUGUCUUGCGGAAUCCGAAUGAAUUGGAUCCGUUGCUGGAUGUUGUGGAGCAUAAGACCGAGGCGGUUUGUUUGAAGUAA